GGGAGCUGUCUCUGCCGAGGAGGUGAUAAUCAUGUGUGAACUUUAUUCGGGACUGAUAAUGAGAAUGAAACAAUUUUGGGAAAUGGGAACAUUUUAGAACAGAUUACCAGAGUAGUUUCUGUAAGAAGGUAUUUUCCCAGCUUUGCUUGAACCUCUGGAAGCAGGAUUGAAAUUUAAAAGUUACAUACUUAGCCUAAGCCUAAGCCUAAGCCUAGGCCAUAUUUCCGUGAGAUAUUACAGUUUGUGUUGGGGGGUUUCAGAGGAAAAUUUGAAAAAAUUCCUUAUUGGCUGGUAUUUUUUUAUUUUUCAACAGAUUUUGAUACAAAUAAAUAGUUCUAAAGCUUCAGAAUUUAAAAAAAAUUCGAAAAAUUAAUUUUCAAAAAAACUUUUCUCAAUUUUUUCUAAACUUGAUAACGCAUGCUAAAUACUUCAUUUCUUUGUUACAAUUAGUACAUCGAAAACUUCAAUUCUUUUACAUUUACAGUAAAUAAUUAAAUUACUAUUUAUGUAAAUAUAUUUACGAUAAUACUGCCAAAAAUAUUUUUAUAAAAUCCAAAUGUUAGCCUUCAAAGUCUCAAUUUUUGUAUUAAAACGUUUCUGGCAACGUUUCUGGUUAUAUUAGGUCGUUCAAUAAGUUUUUUCGUUUUUUUCUAGUUUUGGUUUUUUCUUGAAUAUUAUUUUGCGGUUGUAUAGAAGACUGUUAGUAAUGACAAUCCCAACAAUAUCAGCCAUGUCGGUCAACUUCCAGAUUAUUUAAAACUCAGAACUAUGACGACGAAAAAAAAAAUUUUUUUUUUCGAAUUUUUUCAUUUCUUGGUGAAAUCAGAAACUUUGUAUGCGUAGAGGUAUUAGACAGUUAGUUAAACAAAACUGAAAAAUUUCAGACUCAGGCAUAGCUUAUUGGUAGCGCUACAUCGGUUGGAAGUGCCGAAAACGCUUGCAAAAUUGACUUUUUUAUGUUUGAGCGGUGCUAACUUUUAAACCAUGAGAGAUAUACAAAAGUAAUGUAUUACAACAUUAAUGUACACAUCUUCAGCUACAUUUUAUCAGUAUGUUACAUUGUUGUCCAUCCUCACGUUUCUGAGUUAUAGUCGAUAGAAGUGAGCUUGGUCCAAUUUUCAAAAAACCCUAAUUUUUCACGUUUUCGCCUGUAACUCCGAAAUCAGGUGCCUGAUAAAAAACUUCAAAUCAAAAAUUAAGUGAUUUUAAAUUAUAAUCAGGUACACAGUUGACCGUUUCGUCAUAUCUCAUAUGUGGGCAAAGAGCAAGAGAGCAUCUUCUAAAAAUGCUGGACCAGACGAUGAGGAAGAGGACAGCGGCGUCGUCAGCACAAGAGGAAAGCGAUACCGCAAGCAGCAGGACGUGAUCAAGCAGCAGGACGAUUCCGGAUCGAGUUCGGAUCAGCCAAAGAAGAAGAGGGCACGCGUCGUCGACUCCGACUCGGACUAAUGUAUUCGUUUCCCCACGGUCUCCAAUUGUUCCCCAUUCAUUUUUAAAACCGUGCUACGAUCUCAUUCCCCAGUUGUUUUUUUCAAAUACUUCAUCCUCAAAUAUUUACCCUCUACCGAAUUACACCGUUUUUUAAAUUAUAUCUAAAUUUAUGUGAGUCUCAAUAAUGUAAAGAAUUAUUGAGAAGAGUUUUUUCCCUUCUUACCCCCCUCCCUCUAAAUCUAACCAAAUUUACCGCAUAAUUUGUAUAGGCCAUGUAGAACUUAUUUUCUGGAUUUUAAAAUAAAAAGGAGGGAUCCAUAUGAUAUUCCCGUACUUUGGACUUUU